AUGUCCUCUUUUAACAUAAGCAGCAUUGACCUGCCCACCUUCUUCCUAACAGGCUUCCCAGGGCUGGAGGCUGCUCACCACUGGAUCUCCAUCAUUUUCUGUUUCAUAUACCUCAUUGCAUUCUUGGGCAAUGGCAUCAUCCUAGUUGUGAUCAAAAUGGACCCAAACCUCCAGGGUCCCAUGUAUGUCUUACUCUUUAUGCUGGCCACCACUGACCUGGGUUUAUCUGUCUCCACCCUGCCAACGGUGCUGUGCCUCUUCUGGUUCAACAUCCGGGAAAUCACCUUUAAUGCCUGCCUCUCUCAACUGUUCUUCAUCCACACGUUCUCCUUCAUGGAGUCCUCGGUGCUCCUGGCCAUGGCUUUGGAUCGGUACUUGGCCAUCUGCAACCCUCUAGGGUACACACGGGUCCUAACAAAUUCAGUCAUAGCAAAGCUGGGCCUGGCCAUGCUUGUGAGGAGUGUCGGUGUUGUGUUCCCAACACCCCUGCUUCUGAGGAGGUACAGAUACUGCAGGACCAAUGUGCUUUCCCACUCAUUCUGUUUGCAUCAGGAUGUCUUGAAGUUGGCCUGUUCGGAUGCAAGAGUCAACAGCAUCUACGGCUUAUGUGUUGUGCUCUCCACGCUGGCAAUCGACUCCAUGCUCAUCCUCCUCUCUUACAUCAAGAUCAUUAAGACCAUUCUGGGCAUUGCCUCCAAACACGAGCGCCUCAAGGCUUUCAACACAUGUGCCUCCCACAUCUGCGUGGUCCUGAUCUUCUUCAUUCCAGUGAUUGGUGUCUCCAUGAUCCACAGGUUUGGGAAGCAAGCAUCUCCCAUCCUUCACAUCCUCAUGGCCAAUGUCUACCUGCUCCUCCCCCCCGUGCUGAACCCGCUCGUGUACAGUGUGAAAACCCAACAGAUCCGACAGGGAAUUCUCCGCGUGUUCAGGAAGAAAAGAUUUAAUGGCUUUCAGUAG